AUGGGGCUUGUUCUGGUAUUGGCUGUGGCCAUUCCUCCAUUCCAAGAGGCAUACGAGUUCUUUUUUCCAAAGGAGGCAGAGAGUAUAGUAAACAUAACUUCAUUAUCCAUGUAUUUUUGGUUUACCAUGAGACUUUGUGUUACUGGUACACCAUCCAAGUCCAGCCUCAUCUUUCCUUUGUCCAUGGUAGCAAACAUCAGUAGUGCGCGACAGCCAUACUAUGAAAAACUAGCUGUCUUUCACAACUGUGAUAAACGAUCUGUACAUUCACUCAUCGAAGUUGGCACACAUGAUAAAUUGGCAUACCACAUGAAAAGUGGUAGAGGUUACCUUCCAAACAGCGAAGUCUUUCGGGCAAAUUUUACUCUAGGUCUUGGCUUUUGUUGCUUAUUUCUUUUGUUUGGCAUCACUGGGAUUUAUUCCAGUGUGAAGACACAGAAGUUGGUUAAGCACAAAUCCAAGUUCUUCCAGAAAAAUGGAGGGUUAUUAUUAGAGCAGCAUAUUAAUGCUUCAACCAGAGGAUGUACAACAAUUUUUACAUCUAAGGAGCUAGAAAUGACCAUCAACUGUCAUAAGAAGAGUCACAUAUUUGGUCCAGAAGAUUAUGGAGUUGAGCAUUUCAUAAAUGAGAUUAUCAGUCUUACCCAAAUCAACCAUCAAAAUGUCGUCAAGUUGUUGGGCUGCUGUCUGGAGACUGAAGCUCCCAUACUGAUCUAUGAACUGGCCUCUAAUAUUAAUGGGACCCUUUUUGACUACAUUUAUCAUACCAAUGGGAAGAGUUCAUUGCCUUGGGAUACCCUUCUAAAGAUAGCCUCAGAAUCAGCAGCUGCCCUUGCUUAUCUGCAUUCUGCAUCAAUCAUCCAUGGAAAUGUCAAGUCUUCCAACAUAUUGUUAACUCAUUGUUUUGUGGCCAAAGUCAUCGGUUUUGGACCUUCGAGGUUAGUCCCUAGUAAUGAAUCACAGAUAAGCACAUUGGUUCGGAGGACACUAGGCUAUCUAGACCCGGAGUAUUUUCAUAAGGGCCAAUUGACAGAUAAGAGCGAUGUUUACAGCUUUGGAAUGGUUUUGUUAGAGAUUGUAACAGGAGAGAAGCCAAUAUCAUUUGGUAGACCAGAAAGUCAAAGAAUCAUGUCUUCCCAUUUUGUAUCGUCCAUGGAGUUACAAAGUGGUCUGUUUGAUCAGAUUGUUGGGUCACAAGUCAUAAAACAGGGACACAGAGAACAAGUCAGAGCAGUAGCUGAGCUUGCAAAGAGAUGCCUCAGUUUGAGUAGUGCAGAAAGACCUGCUAUGGAAGAAGUGGCCAGGAAGUUGAAAAUGUUGAGUUGA